AGUGGAUUACAGACCAUCGAACGGUGCAAGCGGUUACGUAACUCGCGACGGUAAUUUGUGUCAACGAACCUCCACAAAGAGUAGAAGAAUAAUUAAAUGUGCGUUCGGAUCAACAUGAUCUCAUUAUGGAGUCGUUGGAUCGCAUUAUUUAUCGGAGGAAUAACGCUAGGAAGCGGACAGAGACUAGAUGAAAUAAUGAAGAAUGAUCCUGAUAUAUCUCAGUUUUAUGCUUACAUGGAACCAUCAAAAUCGGCGAACUUCACGCUGGGAAAUAAACAAUGUACCAUAUUCGCGCCUAUCAAUGCGGCUUUCCAAAAAUUGGGCGAAGUUAAGGGAGAAAUCGAACCAUUAGUUUUGUAUCAUAUGCUCAACAUUCCGAAGACUACUGAUCAACUAGGCAGUUCUUAUACAUCUCUGUUGACGGAGCUGUCGGGAAGUCCGCCGAUUUGGAUAACUCAUGUCACUGGAAGCUACCACAAUGAUAUAUACGUGAACAACGCGAGAAUAUUGGUCAGUCAAUCGAACGUAAAAAGUUCCGGUACGAACUUAAUGCAGGUGCUCCACAAAAUUGACGAAGUUUUGAGUCCAACGAUAUCGCCGAGUUCUGUAUCGAAUCGAAUUUACAAUCCAACGGCUUGGGAAUUUUUAUAUAGUUAUGAUUCGUUUAUUGAGAAUAGUCAAACGCCGUUUAGAAUUAGAAACUUUCUUCAGAGAGUUCAACAGAAAGGCAAGCAAGACAUCUUUAAGGACGAAGGAGGACAUACUUUUUUCAUACCAAUCGACGAGGGUUUCGGGAACGAUAGGGCGGCUUCUAUCGACGAGAAAAUAAUCGAUGGUCAUGUGAUACCAAAGCAAGUGUUAUUUACAACCCCAACGAGAAAAGAUGUUCCAUAUCAAACACUCGCCAACGGAGACAAUACUAUCAGGGUAGUCAUUUCAUUUACCCAAGAAAAAAGGGGCUCGGAAAUUGUCAAUUAUGUUAAAAGUCACACACUUUUCGGUGACGGUAAUCACACCCCCGGCGUAGUUCUCGCGCAAAUAGUUAAAGCCAACAUUCCAGUUAAGAACGGUGUAGUUCACUUGAUCCAAAAACCACUCAUGGUGGUCGAUAGUUCCGUGAGGAAGUUACUAGAAGAGCAGAUGGAUUAUAUUUGCAACGUUGGCAACGUUGCUAGACACGACAAUAUUCCCGAAUAUAUCCAGGAUUACGAGCCGGAUUACUACCAGAGAUUCCCCGAAUUCAUACAACAACCUGAACAGGAAGGACGCAUCCUGAGCAACUUUUUCAAAGCUAUCCAAGACGCUGGUAAAGAAGGAGAAAAAUUAUUGGAAACGUUAGACAAAGGACACGACGUAACUUUAUUCGCUCCUUGUAAUAAAGCGAUGGAAGGCGAUUUAAUUUUGAAAAAACUUUUAGAAGACCCCACUAAAUUAAUAGAUAUACUCAAAAUGCACGUAAUCGUAGAUAGCAGAUUAUAUCUAGAGAAGAUAUUCCAAGAAGGACAAGUUAGGCCUUUUCAAUUUACUACUUUGAAUACUGGAAAAAUUCUCUACUUCAACGUCGUUUCCUCGAACACCAACAGAACGUUAUCUGUAGAAGGAGGUGGAGUAAACGCGACUGUUAUCCAACCCGAUCUAGCCGCAACCAAUGGUAUUAUACAUAUCAUAGAUAGAGUCCUAGGAGUACCUUACAACACCAUAUUGGAUAAGCUAAGGGCAGACCCUAUGCUUUCGUUAACAUAUGAACUGGGAAAUCUUCAGAAUUUCAACUAUCAAUUAAACAACACGAAAAAACAAUUCACUUACUUUGUACCAUCGAAUAAAGCAUGGAAAGAUGCCGAAGUUGAUCUGCCAUCUGCCAUUAAGAAAGUAUUCAUGAAAGAAUACGCUUUUCACGCGACGGCAACAUUAGAACGUCAUUUGGUUGUUUCUAACGAAUCUUAUACAAUGGAAAGGAUUAAACAAUUAUCCAAUGCUACCAACACUUACGGAACGUUCGGAACAAGACGUGACGUGAAUCUGCCAACGACUAGAGGCUCUUUAGCACUUUACAUCGAAGAAAAAAAAGAUAACACUAAUCCAGAAUCUGAAAAUACAUCAUUCAUUAUCGUGUGGAAAGGUCGCAAGAUACCAGUUUUCAGACCGAAUGUCGAAUGUACCAAUGGUAUAAUUCAUGUAAUCGAUCUUCCUAUGAUACGAGAUGAAGAUAUUAUAGUCGCUUCUGCAAUCACUUUUGCUCCUCAAGUAACUAUAUACUUAAUAUUUUUAUUAUUAUUAAUAUAAAAAUAAAUUUUGUAAAAUGUACAUUACAUCAUUCAUACAGGGUUUUUGUAAACAGUUGUAAUUACAUAAGAUGCAUAUGUAAUUAUAAUAUGUAUUAUAUACAUUUCUAAUCGUUUUUUUUUAUUUAGUUUAUUUUAUAUAAUUAUAUAGGUACUUUGAAAAUUUUGAUUAAUAUAUUACAAAAACUCUGUGGAAAUUUCAUUACAUUCCUAACAGGUUGACUGCCAUUUCUCAAUUAUUUUGUAACACUAUCGAAUCAGUCCUAUAGCAUCGGAAAAAAGUAAAAUGAAGAAAUAAAUGAAAGAAUGGUUAAAUGAGAUAAAAUCAAUAUGGGAAAUUUGUAAACAGGACUAGAAUAAUUGAAAUAUGAUCAACAACUAUAAAAUCUUUGGAUAAAAAAUGAUUGCAUAUAGAAAAACAGUGAAAUUUUUUAAAUAAAGGGGAAACAACUCCAAAGAGUUAUUUCGAAAAAUAUAAAAAUAGAGGUUAUAAAAGGAAAGAAAUUAAUAAAAAUGUGAGAUUUUUUUAAAAUAAAUUUCUUGAAUUUUUGUUUAUGGAGCUCAGAACAAAAUUGAAGACCGAAGCUACCAUUAAAGAUAAGAAAAUAAUGGCUACAUUCAAAUUGUAGAAUGUAAGAAUUAUGCAAAAUUGAUUGCAUAUCGUUAAGUUGCUGUAUGUCAAAGACAAUGGACGCAACCAAUCGAAAGAUAAUGGGAAAAUCAGUUGAGGAAGGUUUUGUUUGGUUAUGAGAAGAAUUUACAAUGGACUUUGUGUUUACAUCCAUACUAACCCCUUGAAGAUGUAGCUGAAGAGGUCUCAGGAUCGAAUACUUUUAAAGGUCCUGAGUGACUUGGUAUUUGGUUGAAGGCUUGUAGAAGACGCCAAUGGUUCAAUAAAAAAUAUAACCAUGUCUUAUUUAAUUUUAUUAAGAGUGUUAAGACUUGGAGGCGAUCAGAUAAGUCGUUGUAGUCCAGUACCUUGUGUAUAGUUAUCCCAGGGGACGGCACAAACGAGAUUAGAUAAGUUAUUCGAUUGGUUAUUUUAUUCUUCUUUUCCUCGAGUCUUGUCGAUAUAAGUAUACAUCUAACUAGUAUUUUCGAAUUAUCUCGAAAAUUUUUAAAAAUGUUAAUAUAAUAAGUAAUUUUUUAUCUAUUAUUUACUUGUACAGUUUAAUUUCGGCGGUCAUCCUGUUAAUAAUGAGUGUAGAUUAAAAUCUAAAGAUGAUGCUUUGAGGACUUCAGACCCUCAGAGCCUGAAAUCAAAAUUUGUGAAUCAGCUUUUUAUCAAAAAUUUCCAAAAUGUUACUACCUGCUAUUAUUUCUAUUAUAGUAGAAAAAAACAAAAAAUCGUAUUAAAUUUUGGAAUUUGACAAUAUUAGAUGUGAUAUUAAAAAUUUUAAAAUUAAAUUUUGAUGAAAAGUUGACUAGUAAAAUAAGCCCCUCCCCCCAAUUAAUAAUCUAUGGACGUACUAACAGAACAAAAUCUGCUAUUUUGGUGUAUGAAUUUUUUGUUAAUUGAUCCAAAAAAAAAGGCUGAAAAUCGCCACCCGAUUUUGAUUAUUGAAAAAUCUCUUCAACAUUAACUUUUUCAUUGCUUCGUGGGGGGAAACCGACUGUUUCUUGUAUGCUGUCCUCUCGCCAUAGUCUUUUGAAAGUUGGUACUUCAUAAACGUCAUCUGGAUUUGACAAUUCUGGCGCCAUCUGUGUGUCAGUCAUACGACUUAUUGAGUGAAAGUCUCACUGGCUCGAUUUAUAGGAGGGUGUCGCAAUGAAAAGGUUAAGGUGAUUUUUUUUUAUUGUACUACUCUUUUUAUUCUUAAAUAAACGUUUCAAAACUCACUUGCUACAAAUGUUUAGGUAUCACAAUGUUCGAUUUGCUUUAAAAAAAUAAAUGAAUGUAAUUUUCGUGUAUUUAUAGUAACAAAAUGAAUACCUAAUAAGAAAAACUAUAAAAAGACUAACAAAGUAAUAAAAAAAAAAUGAUAGACUAUGAAAAGCUAAGAAACAUGAAAAGUUUUGGUGAACAUUUAAUAUUUUUCGAAAUAAAACGCUAUGUGUAUCGUAAAUAAUAGUUGAAUAUCAAAUUUAAACAAUUUCUACAUAUGAUAAGAAAUUUUUUAGGUUAGGUUACGAUUCCGAGUUAUCCGGAAUACUUUAAAACGUCAAUUUUGUUAUAUCAAUGAUUGUUUUUAAAUUGUACCUCUAUAGAAACCAAUAAUAUUUAGAUAUAAGAAGUUAUUUAUUAUUUUAUUUAGUUGGAAUAGAUGGAAUUGAGACUUUUCAGUAACCAUGAUCAUGAUGUGAAUGGUUCGAAAACUAAUCCGGACCACUUUCACUAUCAUACAGGAAUCGAAAGAAGCAAUCACUUCUAACCUAUAUUUUAUCAAUAAAUACUACCAACAUUACGCUUUCGGAAAAGUUUCCAUCUAAAAAAAUCAAUUUUUUUCAAAACAAUCAGUUUGGGAACCGAUCAAUUUUGAAUUCGGUGUUCGUUAAUUGGUUACCAAUCGAUUCGGAAUCAACCGCGAAUAAGAUUUUUAUUUCAACGUGAAAAUGUAAAUUGUAAACUUUUGUAUAUGCCGAACGUAUCAAAACAAUGCUUAUCGCUUGCUAUUUUAUUUGUAUAUAAGAAAUUAACGUGUAAAGUAAGGCGUACACGGUGCGGUCCUACCGGAGGGGCUAACCUAACCUAACCAACACCGACAAUUAGGCUUUGGUUAUACUGGAUGCCGUUCCGUGCGUUUUUUUACUCGUGUCAAUUGCUUUUAUGAAAUCAAGAAAUGCGUCAUCUUCAGCAGCUUUUCUCUGGGUCCAUGCAUUCCGAAAAGUCCUUGUUGAGUACCGUUUUCUCAUAACAUCAAUAAGAGUACAAAAACGUCCAGACUCGCAUCCAGUAUAACCACGGCCUUACACUGUUUCUGAAGAUGAUAACUAGAAAAUCGAAACGCAUAGGUCAACGUCUCCGGCUCACCAUAUCGUGUAUGACAACCGUAAUAAUUUAAUGUGAAUGUAAUUUUUUGUCAAAGUAUUUAUUUAUCACUGUUAGUUAUAUUAAAAGAAUUUAAAUCGCAAAUAAGGGAAGAAUAAAAAUAUUGAUUAUAAAUCGAAAAAAAUACUACUAAUUCUAAAUAAAUGUUUCGACUGUAUUUUCAAUCAUAUUUAAGCUUUUUUAUGAUUAAAGUGUGAAUUGAGUUGUAAAUAUUUCUAUUUUCAAUAAAGCAGUCUAUGCUCUAA